UAUCUCGCGCUCAGUUAUUGCUGGGGCACGCAGAACACCUUGAAAUCUCAUUUACAGCUCAACAAGUCGACAUUGGCAGAGCUUAAAACCAGCAUCAACACGAACAAAAUCGCAAUCACACUUCAAGAGGCUCUGAGAGCGACCUAUACCUUGAGAUACCGGUUCAUAUGGAUAGACGCACUUUGUAUUAUUCAGGGUGAUGAGAAUGAUUGGCAAACAGAGUCCGCCUCCAUCAGUCGAAUCUACGCCUCUGCCACAAUAACUUUAGUCCCAGCAGCAAUAGAAUCCUGCGAUGAGGGGUUUCUGGAUCGCACAAUUCCGCCUCUUUUGCUGGUUUCGUUCAGAUCAUCACACAGGCCAGAUCUAACAGGAAACUUCUAUCUUCAAGCGACUAAUGCUGAUACCCACAUUACGGAAUGGAAUAAACGAGGCUGGACAUUUCAAGAACUGUUGGAAUCUCGACGACUCCUGUACUUCAGCAAGACGAUGUUACACUAUAGCUGUCAGACUGUAGUGAGAGUUGAGAGUAGAGAAGAAGCCACGAGCGCAACGGAAGGUUUCUAUACUCCUUGGGCUUGGACGCACAAGGAGUUGGGAGUAUCAGCUUGGUUUGGUGCGGUCCGGGAAUAUUCUGGAAGAUUGUUAUCAAAUCCUUCUGAUAAGUUACCCGCUAUAUCGGCGCGAGCACACGACAUCGCUGCACAAUCUCAAAGCCAGUACUUGGCUGGCUUAUGGAGGGACUCAUUAGUCCUCGGUCUCCUAUGGUACUGCGUGGAUCCUCAGGUUGACAAGUACGAUAGUGAUACA